ACACAUGGGCGUGACUGACGUGUGGAUCUUUGUGUGUGGAUGUUAACAGUAGCGGCUCAAGAUCGCUUCCAGAACUGCGCGCAGAACUCAGAACCGCAACCAUGUUUGUCUUAGUUUCCAUUGUGGCUUUACUGAUCGCUUAUUUUAUUAUUCACAGGGUUUUUGUGCACAGGAGGACUUUCAAUGGCACAACUAAACUCUACGGGAAAACCGUCAUCGUUACGGGUGGGAACACUGGCAUUGGAAAGGCGACUGCGGCAGCGAUGGCCACGAGAGGAGCGCGAGUGAUUCUGGCCUGUCGCAGUAAACAGAGAGCAGAAGAAGCUGUAGGAGAUCUCAUACAGGAAACUGGGAAUGACGGCAUCAUCUUCAUGCAACUCGAUCUUGCCAGUCUGAAAUCUGUCCGAGCUUUCGCUGAAAACUUCCUGAAGUCUGAGUCCAGACUAGACCUGCUCAUCAAUAAUGCAGCUUUGGCCUCUCCUGGAUACACUGAAGAUGGUCUUGGCAUGAUCCUCGGUGUCAAUCACAUCGGCCCGUUUCUGUUGACCGAUCUUCUGCUGGAUCGUCUCAAGGAAUGCGCACCCAGCCGAGUGGUGAACGUGUCAUCUUGUGGUCAUGAUCUGGGCACCAUUGAUUUCGACUGCAUCACCACACACAAGAGACUGGCUCUGGGCUCAUCCGAUGCAGAUUUAUUCAAGGCAUAUACCCACAGCAAGCUCUGUAACGUUCUCUUUACGCACGAACUGGCCAAGAGACUGAAGGGAACCAGCGUGACCUGCUACAGUCUCCAUCCAGGGUCAGUAAGAUCAGAACUGGGUCGUGAUAUCAACGAAUGGCACACACGCAUCAUCAAGGCCUUUGUUAGUAAGCUGGGGGCCACAGACACGGUGUCUGGAGCUCAGACGACACUGUACUGUGCUCUGCAGGAGGACAUCGAACAUCUGAGUGGACGAUAUUUCUCCGACUGUCAGCUCGUUCAGGUCAAACCUGAAGCCAGAGACGACGGUAUCAGCAAAAAACUGUGGGAAAUCAGCGAGAAAUUGUCUGGCAUGGCUUGAUCAAACACUCGAGC